AUGCCUUGCCCGUGGUCUCGCCGCUGCAAUGCACCAGCCAACAAUGGCCUCACACCCACCGAUGCCCUCCCAUCCCCGACCUCUGCUCCUGAUGUUGAGGACUGGAAGACCGUCCGCCGCUAUCAUCUCCGGAAGAUGAGAAAGCAGGUUCGAAGUGUUGUCUUGUUCAUGGCAUUGAUGGAAGCUCUGCGUGUCGGACCUAUUCAGUUGGUCUAUGCUGGAAAGCAAGGAUAUCCAGAGCCUGGUCCAGAGGACUUUGGCAUUGCUUACACCGUCGGAUACCUAUUCAGCUGGUUAUACCUCUGCGCUUUCAUGAUCGUCUACGUUCCCCUCUUCAGCUGGUGGGUCCCAAAUUCCAGUUCAGAUUCCGAGAAGCCCUCAAUCCUUGCAAAGGUCGCCCAGGUUCUCAAGGACUUUAAUAUGCUCCUCCUCCCCUUCACCAUCGGCCUGUGCCUCGUUCAGCAUCUCUACUACACUGCCUGCGCCUUCAUCUAUGUAGACUCUCGCCAGGUCGGCUCUCGAAAGUUCCCGGCCAAUACACGCAAGAAUUGGCUCGUUCGAUUCCUUUUCUUGGUGGGCAUUGCCAUCUCGACAUCUACUGGAUACGGUGCAUUCCAGAUCCUUUCAAGAAUGGACCUAGCACACGUCAAGCCGAUCGAGUACGCGGUUGUUGUCAUCCCAUUCCAAAUCAACUUUGGUGUCUUCCUCGGAACCAUUAUGCAAUUCCGCAUGGAAAGGCGACGGGCCCGAAAGCAA